AUGGAAAGAUGGAUCCUGACCUUCGUAGCCAGCAUCAAGGUUUUCUUGUUCGUGCCACACCAUCCGGUCGCCAGCGCUACCUCUCUACCAUCGGGGUCAAGAAGGCUGCCUAAGGGCUUGUUGUUCAGUUGGAUCUCGGAAAAUUUUCUUCGAGUUGGCGCGUGUCUUUGGGAUGGUGGUCAUUGGCCUGCGGAGGCACAUCUAGAGCAUGACACUGAAGAUUAUUAG